GGCACGUCACGUCCGCACUUGAACUUGCAGCAGCUCAAGGGGCUUCGCUAACUUUCCGUUCCGCUCUUCUCUUCUUCUCCAAGAAGCCAUGAAGCCCAUCACACGCGUCCUGCCACUACACGCGUCUCUUCUGUACGAUUAUCUAUAAUUCAUUUGGGAUACCCGAUGCAUCGCUGAAGAACAUUUUCCCUGCGGACUCUCUUAAGACUCUGGCUCUUCCCGAUGUGAGCCCAGCUGAGACCGCGUCCAACAUGUCUCGCCGCAAGCAGGGCAAACCCCAGCACUUAAGCAAACGGGAGUUUUCGCCCGAGCCAGUGACGGCAGAUAUCCCCGAAGACCGGGAAAGCCACCCCGGAUCGGAACCAUCCACCCCUAAAGGGGACCAGGACCUUCUCACCUGUGGCCAGUGUCACUCCAGAUUUUCUUUGGCUGACAUCCUAGUGUUUAUCGAGCACAAACGCAGGCAGUGUCAAGGACGCCUAUGUAUAGACAAAGUUUCAGACCUGCCACCGUCACCUCCACGUGCAGGUCUGCGGCGGGCCUGCACCCCUGUGGAAGUGGCCGUUCAAGUUUCGCCCCAUGGAGAGGAGUACUUAGCCUCCACACCGCAUGGAUUACGACCCAAGCAGGAGAAUAUAACAGAAAAAGAUGAGCCCAGCAGCUACACUUGUACAACUUGUAAGCAGUCAUUCAGCAACGCCUGGUUCCUGCUACAGCAUGCCCAGAACACUCAUGGUUUCCGAAUAUACCUGGAGAGUGAACCUGGAAGUCCGUUAACUCCUCGGGUGGCCUCUGCUCCAGGCAUGGGUGGUGACUGUGCCUCGCAGCCACCGCUACACACAGCCCAGCGUGCAGAUAGCAGCCCCUAUAGCCUGAUGAGGAUAGCCAACAGAGAAGGGUCGUCAGUUCCUAGAGAAGGUCGAUAUCCUAGGACACCUCCACUCUUUAGUCCCCCACCACGCCAUCAUAUGAGCCCAGAUGAUCUGGCUUUGGCCCCCCACCACCCAAGCGCCUUUGAUAGGGUUCUGCGUCUUAAUUCGGUACCCUUGGACUCCCCAUCUAUGGACUUCUCAAGACGUCUAAGGGAACUGGCAGGGAACUCUGCUGGGUCCUCUCCGCCCAUGUCGCCGAACCGUCCUAGCCCCAUGCAACAGCUUCUUCAGCCUUUGCAACCUGGAGCUUCUCAUUCUCCCGGACCUCAUUCAACAUCAACUCAACAAACUCCAACCAUGCCAACUGUGAAGGCAAAGUCAUGUGAGUUCUGUGGGAAGUCCUUCAAGUUCCAGAGCAACUUAAUUGUCCAUAGGCGCAGUCAUACUGGAGAGAAACCGUACAAGUGCCACCUGUGCAACCAUGCUUGCACUCAAGCCAGCAAGUUGAAGCGCCACAUGAAGACUCAUCUGCACAAAUCCUCCUCCACUACCUCUAAAUCUGAUGAUGGUCUUUCAACUGCCAGUUCUCCGGAACCAGGAACAAGUGAUUUGCUAAGCAGUGCCACCAAUGCUCUCAAAUCUGUGGUGGCAAAGUUGAAAAGUGAGAACAAUGGCAUGAUCCCUGAAAAUGGACAGGAGAAGGAAGAUGACGAAGAUGAUGAGGAGGAGGAUGAAGAGGAAGAAGAGGAGGAGGAAGAAGAAGAAGAAGAGGAGGAAGAGAAUGAUAGUGAGGCAGGAGAGAGGGAUGACAUUAUCUUUAGCUUGAGCCUAGAAGGUGCACGCCACCAUGAGAACAAUAGACAAUGUCACAACAAAAGUUCGGAGGCAAUUCAGGUUUAUCGAGACACCCUAAACCUGUACAAACAAGGUGACCAUAGAUCAACUAGCGAGACAGGUGGUGAUAACUCCCCAAAAGACCAAGUCAAGGAGGGAAAUGGACCCAUGGUAAAUGGUACGGCCUCCUACCUAAAUGACGACCUCUCUCGUAAACUUCUUGCUGGAAGUCCAGGAUCCGACAGUCCUCUCUCGAAACGCAUAAAGAUUGAAAAAGAUAUUGAUCUACCUACUCCUACAGUCCCCAACACUGAGAAUGUGUACUCUCAGUGGUUGGCUGGAUAUGCCGCAUCCCGCCAGCUCAAGGAUCCCAUCCUCAACUUUGGGGACUCAAGACAAUCGCCUUUUGCCACCUCUUCAGAGCACUCCUCGGAGAAUGGCAGUCUCAGGUUCUCCACUCCACCUGGUGAGCUGGAUGGAGGGACAGCAUCGGGGUGCAGUGGAACGGGAAGUAGGGCCAGUACGCCCCACCUCCCCACUGGUCGACCCAGCUCCAAGGACAGCCGCCGUAGUGACAUGUGUGAGUUUUGCGGCAAAGUCUUUAAGAACUGCAGCAACUUGACAGUGCAUCGCCGCAGCCAUACCGGUGAGAGACCGUACAAGUGUGAGCUUUGUAGCUACGCCUGUGCUCAGAGCAGCAAGUUAACACGACACAUGAAGACGCACGGACAGACGGGCAAGGACGUUUACAAAUGUGAGAUAUGCCACAUGCCUUUUAGCGUCUACAGCACUCUGGAGAAGCACAUGAAAAAAUGGCACAACGAUCGACCAUUGAGCAUCGAAAUUAAAACGGAGUAGAUUUACGACAUAUUUUGCAGUCCUAGAAUAAUAUUUAAGGCACAGCGUCAGAGAAUUAUGCUGGGCAAAAAUUGACGCAAGACUUUGAGCCUCUCUAAUGUGCAAUAACUUAAUGUUUUGUACUUUUCUUACUGGUUGGCAUGUUUUAGUGUGUUAGCUUGAUUAAUAAGCAUUAGUUGUGUUGCUGUUGGUACUGUCUUUUAUCGAAUGGAACAUUUCAUGCUGCAAACAAUUAUUUUUACGUGUCAUACCUAGUGUUUUGUCAUUUAAGCUUGUAAUCUUUUGACUACCUACAUUCACACUGGGGUUUACACUGUUAAUAGGGGUAUAGAUGAACUAUAGGGUUACCAGCGGAAGUUUGAACAGUAACAUUUUAGUCAAAUACUAAACUUAUUUGAUUUUUUAUUGUUGCUUGUGAAAAAGAGUGCCUUGGGUGUCUUUAAAGCGUCUGUGAUUUCUGCCAUUUGCCAUAAGCCUGGGAAUAUUGUUCAAUGCAAAAUAAGGUUCUUGCAUCAAGUACCUAUUGUGAAUUCACUAAUUGCAGGAAUCCAGUAUAAGUUCUUGUGUAUAUCAUUUACUAGUAUAACCUAUUGUGUUCAUUUAAGUACAAUUCUUUUGUUGGCAUGUUCAUGCCCUUUGGCUUGGAGAGAUUUUAUCUUGUAUUUUGGUAUCAAACUGACUGGUACAUUAGUAUGUUUUCUUUUAACAUAGGGUCUCGAUGUUUAUUUGGGUUUUCUAUGAAGGUUUUUAGAAAGUAGCCCUGAAUAUGUGUUUCACUCAGUAGAAAAAAGCCAAUUUUUUGGACUAUACUGAUACAUUUCUAUUUGGUGCAUGGAACAAAAUGCAUAUUAAUAAUGUAAAUAUGUCAGUUAUGUCAAAGAAUCAAUUUCUUGACAGGGUCAUUCGUGAAAGUUUAACAAUAUAUCUUUAUAGUCCCUGAAUAAGCUUCUUUUUUCAGGAUUGAAAAUCCUUUGAAUUUCAAAUUGAGCUCAGAUCGAUUAAAAAUAGAAAUAGUUUAGGGAGGCCAGUUUUGAUGGAGCAAUGCAGUAAUGUAUUUCAGGACAUUUACACAUUCUUGGAUGAAAGUCUGAACACUUUACCGUUAACUUGCUUGAUAAAGGUUAUUUCCAUAACGUUUUCUUGGUAACACUCUACAGUAAGGUUAUAUUCAUUAAUUUAUAGUUAUAGUUAACACAAUAGUUAACAUGAUCUAACAAUGAACAAUACUUUUACAACAUUUAUUAAUAUUGGGUUAUGCUAAUUUGUACAUAAACUAAUACAUUUUUCAAUUAAAGUUGUAUAUGUUACUUUUAGUUAAUGCAAUAAGGACUAAUAUGACUUUGAUAAAUUAAUAUUAGCCAAGAUUAAAAAAUUCUGUAAAAUCAUCAUUUAUUAUUAUUUCAUGAUAUCUAAUGCAUUAAAUAAUUUUAAUGACUAGAACCAUAUUGUGAAGUGUUACCAUUUUCUAUAACACAACACUCUGCAGUUUCUAAAGCUAUGUACUGUAUAUACCCCUGUCUAAUAGUAUAAAGCACUUAGCCAACGUUACACAUAUUUUGUGCCCGCCGAGUUGACAUUCAGACUUUUUAUUCUCUACAUUAUCCCAUAGUGAAUUUUAUGAAUAGCACUUGCCACUCAGCCUAAAACUCUGUAUCUGUCCUGCUAAUCUACGGGCAGGUGGUUGAGUAUAAAACAAAACCGCUCUCCAAUAGCACGAAAACCUGCACUGUUUUGUUUUUAAUUUUUUUUCUUGUUUACAAGACACACUUGAGAGAAACUUCCUCUCAUAUCAACAACUUGAUGAGGUGUCAUCACAUUUUGUAAAAUACAGUUAGAUUAUAAUUCUUGGCCAGCAAAAAAGGAAAUAAAAGAAAAACAAAAAAGAAAGAAAAAGAAGACUUGAUUUAGGAACUAGAUGUUUAAUUGGGACAGUGUAUGUUUAAUUCUCAGUUUAUAUACUCCAAACUAUCUGCUUAAACAGCCAUGAUAUUUUUUUAAGAAUUAGAUGUUUUGGGGUUUCUUUUUGCAAAACUUUGGUGUUUUUAACAGGAAAUUCAUUUAAAAUGUUCAAUUUUUGCUGCCCAUCUUUAUUUCUUUGUGAAUUACAAUGUACUAUGUAAAUACUAAAUGUUAUUGAGAUUUUUGUUUCUUCUGGUCCUGUUUUUUUUCUUUGCCAUCCACAGUUAACCAGGAUGAGAUUGUAGGAGUACAUUUGACAUUUUAUAGGGCCGACUUACUGUCAGUCAAAAGCUAUUGUUUGCCACAUCAGUGUGUAGAGCAGAUCUUGAUUUAAAUGUUCAUCGAGAGUAGUCAAGAUAGUAUUUAUGUAGAGGAUAGAAUCCCAGACAGUUCCUUAUUCACUUUAAAGGUACAAAAAUACCUGUAGUCAAUUUCAACAUGCUGCCACCAUUUUUUGUUUUCUCCUUAAUUUGGCAGGAUAAUAUAGAGUGAAACGUUUUAAUGUAUGGAUCUUGAAAAUGAGUUUCUAAGAAAUAGCUAUGUGGGGUUUACAUGGAUAAAAGGCUAUACAAUGGUCUGUUGUACACAAUCCUCUCUGACCUGUCACGAUGAUGAGGAACAGGUGGUUAUAUGAUCUCUGGCCUUUGGAUAUGCAGUAAAGUUUGUUAGAUUUUGGGUUUCCCUCUUUAUUUUGAACUGUCACAGUCUCCCCCCACAACCUGAAACAUUCCAGUCAUCUUUGAAAGAAUGGAUGUCAUAUGCAAUGAAU